CUCCAAAAACCAUUAUGUACAUUUUUGUACUUAGACCACUACCUCUCUUUCUCUGCAACCAAAUAUAUAAUAAACCUGGAAAAGUAUCAUCAUUUAUGCGUACCAGAGAAGAAGAUAAAAGCAAUAACAACAGGAAGUAGAAAUGGAGAAUCAAGAUAUAGCAGUGUCAUCUCAUCAUAUGGAUGCUUCUCGACCUUCAAUUGGUUUUCCUCUAGGUACAGCUCUUCUUAUCAUCGUAGUAUUCUGUCUAAGUGGUGUCUUCUCUUGUUGUUAUCACUGGGAAAAACUCCGUUCUCUUCGCCAAUCUUUCGCUUCCAACGCUCAUGAUGAUCUUGAGGCAAAUACGCCCAUCAAAAAUAUCCCGACGUACCCAAGUUUGAAGAUAAACCAGAGGGAAAGUUUACCGGUGCUAAUGCCAGGAGAUAACAUACCGAAGUUCAUUGCAUUGCCAUGUCCAUGUGAACCACCGCGGGCAGUAAAGACAGACGCACAUUUCGUAGAUAUGGACGUGAAACUGUCCGUUGCUCCAACAGUAGUUGUGUAUAGUCAUAUAUAACUAGAUCUGGUGUACAUUAUGAAGAGUAAUUAAAUUAAAUUGAUUAAUAGUA